AAAAUGCCACAAAAGAUGCAGCAGCAGCUUAAUAAUGUCAUCCCAUUUCAUUAAUAUGCCCCAUUUUUAAUUUUAAUUUUAUUUUAUUUUAUUACAUAUAUGUUGUAAUAAUUUGUUUAAUGCACAUUCAGAAAAAAAAAAUGGGAUUUUCAAGAAACAGUUGCACCAUCUCUCUUGAUCCUCAACCUCCAGCCCAAACCCAUGUCAAAAUCGACGAUUUCAGAGUAAAGUUCCAAUCUUUACUCUACAAAAUGAUCUGGGGUUUCGCCGCCCCGCGCCGUCGUCGCCGGAGCUCCGGCGAGGACGGUCCAGAGGCGGCAGAUUCCGGCGGCAAGAAUUCUGAGUACAACAAAGCCUGGCUGCUGGCUGAUUCCGGCGGCGGCUUCGGCGGCGCGGAGGAGCCACAUUCUUCAUUCAGGUUCAGCUUGUGCUCUGAGGUCGAGCUCGAAUCAAUGGCGGACACUUACACCAGCUACUCCUCCGCCGCCACUGUUUUAAUGGUGAAUUUGGACAACGGCUUCUCCGAUUCGAAAUCUGCAGAGAUGAAAUGGCGGAGAAUCGAAUCUCUAGAGAGAAGUAUUUCUCCUCUUGCCCACUCUUUAAUCCGGUUCAGUUAUUCCCAAAUUCGAUCCGCCACCGGAAAUUUCUCCAAAGGGAGAGUAUUGGGGAGAGGAGCAUUGAGCUGUGUGUUUAGUGGAAGAUUAGGGUUCAUGCGGGCCACCACGGUUGCGAUUAAGCGUCUCGAUAAAGAAGACAACGAGUCAUCGAAAGCGUUUUGUAGGGAAUUAAUGAUUGCUAGCUCUUUGCAUAAUCAACACAUUGUUCCGCUUGUCGGGUUUUGUAUCGAUUCCGAAGAGGGCUUGUUCUUGGUCUAUCGAUACGUUUCCGGCGGAAGCUUAGAUCGAUUCUUGCACGGGAAGAAGAGGGGUGGCGCACUUUCUUGGUCCGUUAGGUAUAAAGUUGCGGUUGGAAUUGCGGAGGCGAUCGAGUAUUUGCAUAACGGGACGGAAAGAUGUGUUGUUCAUAGGGAUAUUAAGCCCUCUAACAUCCUUCUUUCUUCGAAAAAAAUGCCUAAGUUAUGUGACUUUGGCUUGGCUUCAUGGACCCCUGCACCAUCGAUACCGUUCCUCUGCACAACUGUUAAGGGCACGUUUGGGUACUUGGCUCCGGAAUAUUUCCAGCACGGAAAAGUGUCAGAUAAAACCGAUGUUUAUGCAUUUGGAGUGGUGCUGUUGGAAUUGAUAACGGGGAGAAAACCAAUUGAGUCGAAAAUUGGAUUGGGAGAGCAAAAUUUGGUUUUGUGGGCGAAGCCACUACUACAACAAGGAUGUCUAGAAAAGUUGCUCGAUCAACGGCCCAAAUUCGUCGAAAAGAAUUUCACUCGGAUUAAUCGGAUGGUCGAAGCAGCAGCUUCGUGCAUAAAGAAUGACGACUCAACUAGGGCCGAUAUGAAAGAGAUUUUGGCUAUACUGAGAGGAGAAGAAGAAUUGCAAAGAGGCUUGAUUAGCAAAAAGAAGGCUAUUUUGGCGGGAAAUAGUAAUGUAAUUGACUAUUUUAACCCUCAGUUGAAGCGGACAAAGAGCGAAAUGAAGAGCCAUUUUGCAUUGGCAAUGAUGGGAGUCGAGUUCGAGGACGAUACAUACAAACCCGUCUAACUCGAAUCCUUUUUCUCCGGUGUUCUUAUUUGAAUUUUUUAUUUUUAUUUUUUUCGUCGAGUAACCAAUGUUUUUUUUUUUUAAAUAGGGAUUAACAAGUUUGAUUUUGUAUAGAAGUGAAAUCCUAAAAUAGGGAGAGAAGGCAUGGUUGUUUUUUUGGCCAGCUUAUGAGUGCAGAUGAAUAUUAUUUUUCUAUAAGUAGUUUGAUUAUUGUCAA